AUGUCCUGUUUGUCUCAUGUGAAAAAUUGUUACCUUGGAUUUUAUUCUUUCAUAUUUUUCAAUAUUUUUAUUCCAACUUUUUACUUUUUUUUUUUCUUCGUUCAGAUCUGUCUCUGUCGUUCCUCAUUUUUCUUUCACGCGCGCCCUUUUCUUCUCUCUCAUCGCUCGUCGCUUUUUCAUCCAACCAUGUCAAUAUCGGAAUUUUCUCCAUCGCUUUUCCUUUUUCUCUUAUCUUUUCAACAUUCUUAUUUUUAUCAUCGACAUUUUUCCAGCUUUCCAUUUUCCUUCUCUUUUCCUUGUUUUUGUUUUCUCUCCCCCCACUCUCUCUUUCUUUCUUUCUCUCUCUCUCUCUUUCUUUCUUGUCUUUAUCACUUUUUCCUUUUUCUUUUCUUAUCCACUUUCUCUUUCUCUCUCUUUCCCUCUCUCUUUCCUUCUCUCUCUCCCUCUCUCUCUUUCUUUCUUGUCUUUAUCACUUUUUCCUUUUUCUUUUCUUAUCCACUUUCUCUUUCUCUCUCUUUCCCUCUCUCUUUCCCUCUCUCUUUCCCUCUCUCUCUUUCUUUCUUGUCUUUAUCACUUUUUUCUUUUCUUAUCCACUUUCUCUUUCUCUCUCUUUCCCUCUCUCUUUCCUUCUCUCUCUCCCUCUCUCUCUUUCUUUCUUGUCUUUAUCACUUUUUCCUUUUCUUUUUUUAUCCACUUUCUCAUUCUCUCUUUUUUUCUCUUUCCUUUCUCUCUUUUCUCCUUUCCUCUUUCUUUCUUGUCUUUAUCACUUUUUUCUUUUCUUAUCCACUUUCUCUUUCUCUCUCUUUCCCUCUCUCUUUCCCUCUCUCUCUCCCUCUCUCUCUUUCUUUCUUGUCUUUAUCACUUUUUCCCUUUUCUUUUCUUAUCAACUUUCUCUUUCUUUUUUUCCCUUUCUUUCCUCUCUCUCCCUCUCUCUCUUUUUUGUCUUUUUAUCCUUUUUUUUCUUAUCCAAAAAUUUUUCUUCUUUUUAUAUUCUUUUCCUUCUUCUCUCCCUCUUCUCUUUUUUCUUGUCUGUAUCACUUUUUCCCUUUUCUUUUCUUAUCCACUUUCUCUUUCUCUCUUUCCCUCUCUCUUUCCUUCUCUCUACACCCCUCUCUCUCUUACAUUCUUGUCUUUAUCACUUUUUCCUUUUUCUUUUCUUAUCCACUUUCUCUUUCUCUCUUUUCUUUUUCCCUUUCUCUCCCCUUUCUCUCUUUCUUUUUUGUCUUUAUCUUUUUUUUUUUUCUUAUCCACUUUCUCUUUCUUCUUUCCCUCUCUCUUUCCUUCUUCUCUCCCUUUCUCUUUUCUUGUCUUUAUCAUUUUUUUUUUCUUUUCUUAUCCUUUCUUUUCUCUCUUUUUUUUCUUUCUUUCCUUUCUCUUUCCCUUCUCUCUUUCUUUCUUGUCUUGUUUUUUUUUUUUUCUUUUUCUUAUCCACUUUCUCUUUCUCUCUCUUUCCUCUCUCUUUUCCCUCUCUCCUCUCUCUCUCUUUCUUUCUUGUCUUUAUCACUUUUUGAAAUUUUUAUUCACUUUCUCUUUCUCUCUCUUUUUCUUUCUCUCUUUCCUUCUCUCUCUCCCUCUCUCUUUUUUUUCUUGUCUUUUCUCUUUUUUUCUUUUCUUUUCUUAUCCAAUUUCUCUCUCUCUUUUUUCUCUUUCCUUCUCUCUACACCCUCUCUUCUUUUUUCUUGUCUUUCUCUUUUUUUUUUUUCAUUUUUUAUCCACUUUCUCUUUCUCUCUCUCUUUCUUUCUUUCUUUCCCUCUCUCUCUUUUUCUUUCUCUCUUUCUUUCUUUCUUUAUCACUUUUCAAAAUUAUCCACUUUCUCUUUCUCUCUCUUUCUUUUUUUCUUUCCUUCUCUCUCUCUUUCUCUCUCUUUUUUUCUUGUCUUUAUCACUUUUUCCUUUUCUUUUCUUUUCCAAAAUCUCUUUUCUCUCUUUCCUUUCUCUUUUUUUCUCUCUUUCUUUCUCUCUCUUUCUUUCUUGUCUUUAUCACUUUUCUUUUCUUAUCCAAUUUCUCUUUCUCUCUUUUUUUUCUUCUCUUUCUUCUCUCUUUUUUCUCUCUCUCUUACAUUCUUGUCUUUAUCAAAUUUCCUUUUUCUUUUCUUAUCAAAAUCUCUUUCUUCUCUUUCUCUCUCUCUUUCUCUCUCUCUCUUUUUUCUUUCUUUCUUGUCUUUAUCACUUUUUCCUUUUUCUUUUCUUAUCCACUUUCUCUUUCUCUCUCUUUCCCUCUCUCUUUCCCUUCAAUUUCCUCUCUCUCCCCAAAGGUUUUUCUUUCUUGUCUUUAUCACUUUUUUUUUUUUUCUUAUCCACUUUCUUUUUCUCUCUUUCCCUCUCUUUCCUUCUCUCUACCCCUCUCUCUUUUUUCUUGUCUUUAUCACACUUUUUUUUUUUUCUUUUCUUAUCCACUUUCUUUCUCUCUUUCCCUCUCUUUCUCUUUUUCCUCUUUUCUCCUCUCUCUUUCUUUCUUGCUUACGUUUCAAUAUCUAUCUAUCUAUCUAUCUAUCUAUCUAUCUAUCUAUCUAUGACUAG